AUGCCGACCUAUUACAAAACUUCAGAGGAGCUACGCCCAGAGCUCGAGGCAAUUCGGGACUCAAUUGAUGAAGCGCUGCGAGCAUUCCAACCAUCUUUCUCUCGCGCCAAAACCGCCGGAACCCUACGGACAGAUGCAGCAAGAAUCAAAACGAGCCUCAAAGAACUGCAAAGUCUUUGGAACGGUCGAGAAAUGAACCAAUAUUGGAUUGCAAUAUGGACCUUGGUCAAGAAGAUCAUCACCAAAAAGAUAAUUCUAUCUGAGGAAAAUGCCGAAAGAGCUUUGAAUGAAAUCACGGCAAUUAUGCUGAGGAAUCCGUGGUUCUUCCAAAACAUCCAUGUCAAGGAGUACUUAGCUAACGCUGGUGUUCAAGCUUCGAAGAUCAUGAAGAAGAUCUCAACCGCAUUGGUAGAUUCCUGGGAGAAUCCCGAGGAUUUAACACAUGUUGAGUUUUUCUACAUACUCACCUGGAUUUCCAAUACCAUUGGCAAGGAAAAGUCAGCAUGGUUUGCGAUCGAGGAUGUCGAAUGGUCCAACAUGGUCACUUGCAGCUACAUGGACAUCAGAGAAUCUAUUGCUCGACAACCUUUCAAUCUUCCUACGGCCAUUACUCCUAUGGAUCGGCUAGCCCUAUACUAUAUCGUUCCCGAGUCAAAAGAUAUCCUCCAACAAAUCAUCCCAAAGCUAGUUGGUUUCAUGGACCAUGAUAUUUUCAAACAAGAAGAUGUGGCUCGCGAGAUCUACGAUUUGGGUUUUCUUCCGGCGCCUAUCUCCGCAAAGGACGUACCAGAAGCGGCCAGGCGCCGAGCCAAGAUGACUGAUCCGUAUUUGAAGAAGGUUAUAGGAUCAGCGAUGAUUCGGGGUUUGCUUCGAAGAUGGAUUGAAGCUGACCCCGAUCCGGUCAGUAUUCUUAAGCUGACCCAGGUCCGGGUGGAAGAUCUUGGCAGCACGCUAGAAGAUGAAGUUCUCUCAUUAAGGGACUAA